AUGAGCAAGGCUUGUAUUUGGGAGGGAGGCCGUACCUUGUUGAAUCACUCACUGAUCACAAGUUAUUCAUUGAUGGGCAUGGAAUUAGAAUUGUUUCAGAAAAUCCAAAUAAGACAGAUUUGCUAAAUAGCUCGGCUUCGCAGAAGGGAGACGCUCAGGAACGAACGAUCCAUCGAUGAUCCAUCCCUCUUAUAGAGAGCUUCUGGAGUGAGUGAUAAUGGAGUUUCACUAUGUUCACUGCCCAAGUACUCUUCCCGAAAUUAGGGCUUUCACAUGUCCUUCCCUCUCGUUACCAUUCCCAACGGUUAUCCGGCGGCAGCGCCGGCGGCCCGGCAGCGUCAGCUUGUCCGCAGCGGGAACAUCGUCCCCGACGACGGCGCUGGAGCAGCCGGGGGGGAAGAUGGUGGUGGAACUGGUAGGGGCAUUCAACGAGCUGGCGGAGAGAAUGAAGAAGAGCAAGGCGGCGGCGGCGGCGGCGCUGUCGACAAGCUCUUCCCACAUACUCUUCAAGUCUCUGAAGCUGUCCAUCCCCAUUCUCCGGUCCCUCCCACUCGCUCCCGAUGGCCGCUCUUCUCUCUCCAGGGCUUUAUCUCUCGCUCUCCUCCUCGCCGAUCUUCAGAUGGAUGCAGAAGUUAUUUCGGCUGGUAUACUGAAAGAAGUUUUGGAAGCAGGUGCUAUAUCCAUACUUGAAGUGAGAAAUCGGAUAGGUACUGGUACUGCUCAUCUACUACAUGAAAGUUACCGUGUGAAAAACAUUUCAGCAAAAGUUGAUGUUUUGGAUGAUGAUACUGCUGCUGCGUUAAGGAAGUUUUGCUUGACAUACUAUGAUGCCAGGGCUGUGAUUCUAGACCUUGCUUUCAAGCUGGACACUAUGAGACAUCUGGAUUACCUCCCAAGGUAUCAACAGCAACUGCUUUCACUUGAGGUUAUGAAGAUACAUGCACCUCUAGCUCAUGCUGUCGGAACCAACUCUUUAUCCCUGGAGCUGGAAGACCUCUCAUUCCGAUACUUAUUUCCUUACUCAUACCUUUAUGUUGAUACAUGGUUAAGAAGUCAUGAAACAGGAAAUAAACCCCUAAUAGAUAUGUACAAGGAAUGUUUGCUUCAAUCUUUAAAAUCCGAUCCCUUGUUGGCAGAUAUGGUUGAUGAUAUCUCAGUCAAAGGUCGGUAUAAAAGUCGUUAUAGCACCAUGAAGAAACUCUUAAAAGAUGGUCGCAAGCCUGAAGAAGUAAAUGAUAUAUUAGGACUGAGAAUUAUACUGCAUCCAACUUCUGGGGAAAAUAUGUCUGAAGUGGGUAAGAAAGCAUGUUAUAGGACACGUGAAAUCAUCCAGUCUUUGUGGAAGGAGAUACCGAAAAGGUCAAAAGACUAUAUUGCCCAGCCCAAAGCAAAUGGGUACCAGAGUUUGCAUAUGGCAGUUGAUGUUAGUGACAAUGGCAGGAGUAGACCACUAAUGGAAAUACAAAUACGGACAAUAGAGAUGGAUAUGCUGGCUUCUGGUGGAAUGGCGUCUCAUUCGUUGUACAAGGGUGGCCUUACUGAUCCAGAAGAGGCAAAGCGGCUUAAGGCUAUUAUGAUGGCUGCAGCUGAACUUGCAGCAGUGCGCCUUAAAGAUCUUCCUUCCCCAAAUCAUAGAAGCAUUGAUCACAGAGAUAGAGUAUUCCGUCUCCUUGACAAGAAUGGAGAUGGUAAGAUCAGCAUCGAGGAACUUAUGGAAGUGAUGGAAGAACUUGGUGCCAGUGGGGAAGAUGCAAGGGAGAUGAUGCAACUCCUUGAUUCAAACAGUGAUGGUUCUUUGAGCUCAGAUGAGUUUGAAAUGUUCCAAAAUCAGGUUGUGCUGAUGCGUAGCUUAGAGGAUAGAGAUGAUGAAUACAAGAAGAGCUUGGAGACAGCCUUACGGUGAACUAGUCAGUCAUCUUCGCAUCUAACCAGACCACCCACCUAAUUGGUCUAGCUCGUGUAAUGAGUGUAAAUCUAUUUGAUUCUGUUUGGUUUAUCAGACAAUAAAUCAUUGGAUUUGUAUAUCCACAGAAGAAUGUGUAGUCGUGCUGAAAAAAGAGGAUAGAGAUAAACAACACUGGAAAAGUAGUUAGUUACAUUAUCAGUGACUUGUUUGUUUCAAUAUAAUAAUCAUGAGCCUAAUUGAUACAACCUUAAAAGAAGCCCAUAGAAAACGAGCCGAAAGAAGAAACCAACAACCUUAUCUAUACAUACAGGGACCGAUGGCAUGGAAGAAGAGUCUGAAUCAAAUUAGGCUUUCUAGGUCGAGCCCCCACCCCCCUUUACUGACAGACUGCAAUUUCGAGUGUAAUUCCGGGACAUGGACUGCUGAUCAAGAAACACGACUAUUACUGUAAUGUCGUCGUGGAAAUGUCUCCUCACCCCUCUCUGGAUCUUCUUCAGGUCUGAGUAUCUCAUUUCUCUCUUCUUCGCCGCCUCCUGCAUGGCAGCUUUAACAAGCCUCCUGGCAAUGCCCUGCAUAAAAUGCGCAGGAUUUCAGUUCAGUUCAACUCAACUUAGGUGUUGACCCGAAUCCAAUCCAUACUGCUGAGAUGAGAAGAAAGAGGGGAAAACUUACAAUCCGCGGAGAGUUGUUAACAAUAUCCACAGCCUCCUCGUUGCUAAGUUGCUCCCAAAGACCAUCCGAUGCAAAUAUGAGAAACCGAUCCUCGGGAUUGAGUUUGUGUACGAAGAUUGAAGGCUCUGGACUAAGGAUUGGCUUAGGGAAGGGCUCGGGCAAUCUGAACUUUGCCAGUAGUGGUUCUUUGUUGAACUCUGCCUUCUUUAGGUAGGCAUCACCAAUGGAUCUGGAAACCUGUAAGGCGACAAAUAAAAGGGGCAUCACCAGCCGCAUACAUUGCUCGUUAGUUAGUCUAAUAGAGGUCUUAAUUGUAUUGCU